CACAUUGCGAUUGCUAUCUCGUACGGUGAGCUGUCCAACGGAACAGAUGUGAGGAGAAGUUGACGAGCAUUAGUUAGCACUCGUCUCUUUACGGAGUCAAAAUCUAUAGUUAUUUCCCGCUUGUUCCUUGUGUGGUGAAGGCAGCAGGAGACCAUGGACGUGGUCCGGGGGUUAUUGUGCCUGUUCUCGGUGCUGGUAUCUGAGAUGUUCAUGGUGGCCGCGUUCUCCCAGAGCAUGGACAGCGACUUCACAUUUACACUCCCUUCCGGACGGAAGGAGUGCUUCUUCCAGACCAUGAAGAAGGACGCAUCGCUGGAGAUAGAAUAUCAGGUGUUGGACGGAGCAGGUCUGGACGUUGACUUCAGCCUGUCCUCUCCUACUGGACACGUUCUGUACAGCGACCACCGCAAGUCAGACGGAGUACACACUGUAGAGACGGAGGACGGAGACUACAUGUUUUGUUUUGACAACUCGUUCUCGGCAGUAUCGGAAAAGAUAAUUUUCUUCGAGCUGAUCAUGGACAACAUGGAACAGGAAGGGGAGGAGCCAGAGGACUGGAAGGAGUACAUCCAUGGGACUGACAUGUUGGACAUGAAGCUGGAGGACAUCAUGGACACCAUCAACAGUGUUAAAGCCCGGCUGGGGAAGAGCCUUCAGAUACAGACGCUGCUCAAAGCCUUCGAGGCCCGCGACCGCAACAUACAAGAGUCCAACUACAACCGGGUCAACAUGUGGUCCAUGACCAACAUGCUGGUGAUGGUGCUGGUGACAGGGGUGCAAGUCUACCUCAUCCGCUCGCUGUUCGAUGACAAGAGACACACACGCACGUAACAACCCGCCCACUGGGAGGGGUCGGGGAGGGACCGGCGGCUCUGUCAUGAUCAGCCAGCCAAUAGGGAGUGGGGACUGGUGGUGAAGAUGCAACCGUAACUCAUUGGUUUUUAUGUAUAACAUGCACUCACAUACAUCACACAUCCUUAGACACAGAUGACCUACCCAUCCAGUCUCUUCAUCUGCUCUGAGGGACAUUAUUCGUAUCUGCUCUGUCUAGCUGUCGAGGGACAGUAUUCGUAUCUGCUCUGUCUAGCUGUCGAGGGACAGUAUUCGUAUCUGCUCUGUCUAGCUGUCGAGGGACAGUAUUCGUAUCUGCUCUGUCUAGCUGCCGAGGGACAGUAUUCGUAUCUGCUCUGUCUAGCUGCCGAGGGACAGUAUUCGUAUCUGCUCUGUCUAGCUGCCGAGGGACAGUAUUCGUAUCUGCUCUGUCUAGCUGCCGAGGGACAGUAUUCGUAUCUGCUCUGUCUAGCUGCCGAGGGACAGUAUUCGUAUCUGCUCUGUCUAGCUGCCGAGGGACAGUAUUCGUAUCUGCUCUGUCUAGCUGCCGAGGGACAGUAUUUGUAUCUGCUGUCUAGGUGCCGAGGGACAGUAUUCGUAUCUGCUCUGUCUAGCUGCCGAGGGACAGUAUUCGUAUCUGCUCUGUCUAGCUGCCGAGGGACAGUAUUCGUAUCUGCUCUUGUCUAUCUAAAAAUCAGUGGCUGGUGAGACACCAGCCAGACCUUCAGAGUCAUUGGCUUUUAAAAGCGAGCGUAACGAACAAGUGUUUACCAUUGAUAUGGUAAUGUUACCUCUCAACUUUGUCUUCCAGACACUGAGGUGAGACUGCCCUGUCCGUGUCACAUCUUUCAAUGUCUCCCAGUAUAUGAUCUGUAAGUCAUGUUGCCAAGCAUUUUACUGGAGUAGGUUGUUGAUAUACCUGUAGAGAUUCUGAUUUAGCAGUCUGUGCCAUACUACCAAAACUUUUGCCUUCCAGCCCGUGGCUGGAGUGGACAGCAUGUGCACGCACACACACUCUUUCAGAUACACUCACACAAUCUCUUACCCACACACUAACACAUUUCUUCAUAGAAAUAUCUGUUGCCUGCCAGUGCCAGCCCUCCUUUCUGUGGCUGGCCUUUUGACUGCUUGGUGAGUAGAGUAGGGGAAAGGGAAUAGUUUAUUCCGUAACCCUCUAAAUCACUGCUGUACUCUUCCACUCCCUCCUCCUCCUGACUUCCACCUAUAACUCAUGUCCUGAUGGUCUAAUGUCAGACUUAGUGCCGACAGGCGAGUCUGGUUUCAGUCCUACAGACUGAGAUGUGGAGUCCGCUCUGCCCCUCUUUUUCUCUAGUGACCACAUUCUAUUUCUAACAACCACACCCUGCACCUCAUUGGGGCAUGGAAGGUUUCUUGGAGAAGGGUUGCUUGGGACAGAAUGAGGUGGGGAGUGGUUGGGAGAUCCAAUAAUUGACUUAUUUGGCUUUAUUUUGUAGGUUGUCCAAUAGUGUACUUGACAGAGCUACAAAUGUACACACUUGUGGUUGAUACACUGAUAUGUGCCAAGAUUUUGGAGCAGCCAAACAAGUUGUCUGAAUGCUCUCUAAAUGCUCCCUAUAUUACAGAAAUGUUCCUAUAAAUACUCACUGUGCUGCUGUGUUGAGUAACACCACACCGCCAUCUUGUGGCUGGACAGUAACUGCUCACAAUCUCACCUCUAGGACUGGCUUUAAAAACACACACACACACACACACAUAUAUAUAUAUUUUUUUUUUAAAUUGAACCUUUAUUUUUCUAGGCAAGUCUGUUAAGAACAUUCUUAUUUACAAUGACUGCCUACUCCGGCCAAAUCCAGACAAUGCUGGGCCAAUUGUGUACCACCCUAUGGGACUCCCAAUCACGUCCGGAUGUGAUACAGCCUGGAUUCAAACCAGGUACUAUAGUGAAGUCUCUUACACUGAGAUGCAGUGCCUUAGACCGCUGCGCCACUCGGGAGCCCAGCUUUCAACCUAUCCCUGCUUUGAAAUAUGAAAUAUUACAGUGAUGCAGUAUCCACUCUCUGACAAGGACAGAAUAACAACAUAAAAUUAUGUGAUGUUUGAGUGGUCUUGCAAUGUGCUAUUAUGAGCUCCCUCAUUUACAGCUACUCAAACCAUUGGGCGAGUUAGUUUUGCAUAGCAUGUUGCCCUGGAUGGGCAGAGUUUAUACAUUUUAGACCAUUUCAUUAGUCCACCUACACCGGGUCAUGCCAAAUUAACUCGCCCAUUGUAAUGGUUGUAUUGCCAUUGCCUCUCUCUGCCCACCAUGGUCUCAUUAGUAUUUUAGCUGAUGCUCAAACAAGCAUCACAUUGGGUGAUUUUAAUAAGUGAAAUGAAGUGUUUAAAAUCCACAGAAUUUCACUGUUCUGUUCCAACCUUUUGUUCCUUUCUGAACAAGACAAUAUUAUAUUUUGAAGAACAGACUCAACUCUUACCCUACAGGCAAGUUGUUUAGGAUAAAGUGUUUUAUUUUACUAAUCUGAUGGAACAAGGAGAGAAGAAAAUAUUCUGGGAUAUUUAUCAGAAUAAUGUUCUGUAGAUGUAAAUGAAACAAUCCUACUUUUCUGAACAUGUCACGUUUCCUUUGACUUCAAAUGGUUGGUAGGUUGGUGAGAAAUAAACUUUAUACAGAUCCA